UAAACCUUUGCGCAUUCUAAAGUUUUGUCAUACACCAUCAUUGUUCAAGCAACUCCUUGUUAUUCUAAACUUCUUCGAAUUCAUUAUUCAAUUUCCCAACCCUUCUUUUCUCUUAAAUUUCUCUUCUAUAGAUCAUGGCAUAUUUGGCAUCAGAAAACUGCCCCGUCUGUAUCAACGUUGACACUCAUGACGACACUGACUUACCAGAAAUUGAUAGCGCCAUUCUCAUGUCAUUUCUUGAUGAACCCCAGAUGGAAUACUGUGACGAUGAGAAAUUAAGAAGUUUAAUCCAAUCUCUAGAAGCAGAGCUUCAAUAUCCCAUUACCAUCAUGAAUAACCCUUUUGCUCUAAAUCUAGAUCGUUACGAUACGGGCAGUGAAAAUAGCUCAGAAAUAGUUGAUGUUGAUUUUAGCUGGAUGGAUAUGGAGAUGUCACUUUCAACUAGUCCCAGUAACAAUGAAAUGAUUGAUUUUCAAUUUGGCAGUGAUUAUUCUCAAAUACUAACAUGCAUUCCUAUUGAGGAGGAAAUAUAUGAUUCUCUAUGGCUACAAACUGACUUGUCAAUGGUAGAUAUUAGCCAAUAGUAUGAGAACCUUGUAUAAUUUUCCUUUCCCUUUUUCUUUAGUGUAAAAUAUCUGAUUCGAUUCGAAUCAUUACUGCUAGUUCAACUGUAAAUUUUGUUUAUCAUAUUGUUUUAUUGAUUCA